UGUAAGUUUGAUUAGCAAUUUAGAAAUUAGUGUAAAUAAUUAAAUAUUUAACUGAAUUAGUUAAUCAUAAAAAUGUUGGUGGAUAGUUCAACAGUUCGUCGAUUGCAAGUAUUAUAUCGUAUUCUAAAUAAAACACAAAAUGUUAAGGUUUAUCCUUCAAGAAAAUAUAGCGCGGACGCCAAAGUUACGAUUGGAGAUGUUUCUAAAGAAAUAACGGUGCCUAAAAAUCCUGAAUAUGUUCCACGCAAAUAUUUUAUUAUUGACCCUGAAACUGGCCAGAUAUCGCUGCCUCGCAAUUCUCUUCGGCACUUACGAUGGCUGCUGCAAAAGGACCGCCUGGGACAAGAUGCCUUUUUACUCGGACGUCCAGGACCUGCACGUCGGGCUGUUGCGAUGCAGUAUUUACAAUUAACGCAAAGAGAAGUCGAAUAUGUGGCCUUGAGUCGAGAUACUACAGAAGCUGAUCUUAAACAACGGCGCGAAAUCGUCAAUGGCAGUGCAAAAUAUUUUGAUCAGAGUGCAGUUCGGGCGGCUACAUUGGGAAGAGUCCUGGUUAUCGAUGGCGUGGAAAAGGCAGAACGCAACGUUUUACCAGUUUUAAAUAAUUUAUUAGAAAACAGGGAAAUGCAUCUGGAAGAUGGACGGUUUCUGGUUCCAGCAUCACGUUAUGAUGCCUUGUUGAAGGAACAUGGCGAAGAAGAAUUAAAGAGAUGGGGUUUAGUUCGAGUUUCAGAAGAUUUUCGUGUAUUAGCACUUGGACUACCAGUGCCACGUUACCGAGGAGCACCUCUGGAUCCACCUCUGCGCUCACGGUUCCAAGCCAGAGACGUUUCUGAUGCCAGUUUCCAGGAACAACUAACUAGUAUGCAAGAAUCUGCUCCAGAAGCACCAGCAAAUUCUGUGAACGCUUUGUUAUCUGCUGCCACGGCUCUGCUCACUCCAGAAUCCCUAGCUUUGGGAUUACCUGAUUUUCCUGCUGAUAGUUUACCACUUGGAGCAAAAUUACUGGAAAAUAAUCCAUCACUAUCAACUUAUUCAGCGUUGUAUCGUUUCUAUCCCUAUCGCACUUUUCUGCCUCGUGAAAAAGUCAAAUCUGUGGAAACUUUAUUAGGAAAAUUUUCUAUAACCCCUGCAGAACAAACAGCUGAAGCACAAACUGCAGUUCGAUUGCCUAAAGUGGAAUUAGAAUCAGGAACCAAUAUGGCGAAGGUUACUUUGAAGAAUGGACAAGUUAUAACUGUACCUGCUGGAGGACUGCGGACUAUUAAUAGGGAAGCUGAUAAUAAAAAUAAGAUACCAGCAACUCAGACUCGCGGACUUCAUACACAAGAGAAUCCAAAAAUUGCAGAAGAACCUGAGUUUAAAUUUGUAGAUGUCGAAUAUCAUGCACAACUGAUCGAUGAUAUAUUGCAAAGUCAUGCAGUUGGUGACUUCUGUUUAAUAGGCCCCCGUGGUUGUGGAAAAAGUGCAGUGGUGUCUCGACUGGCAUCAUUGCUUCACAUGCAUGUAGAACCUAUUGUUUUAUAUCAAGAUAUGACUUCAAGGGAUCUGAUUCAACAACGUUCAACUGAGGCAAAUGGAGAUACUACUUGGAGAAAUAGUGCUCUUGUUAGUGCUGCAUUGAAUGGACAAAUGGCUGUGUUGGAUGGCAUACACCGUGUGCAUCCUAGUACAUUGUCUGUUAUACACAGACUAGUACACGAUCGAGAGCUUCAACUCCAUGACGGAACUCGUUUACUUCGGCAUGAUCGAUACGAUGAACUAUUAAACGAAAGCUCGGGCUCCGUAGAAAGCCUAACAGCAAAUGGUGUCCUUCGCAUUCAUCCUUCAUUUCGUAUUGUUGCUCUGGCUGAGCCUCCGACAACCCACGGCGGAAGCGCGAGCAAAGGCGCUUGGCUUACCCCCGAAAUGCUUAGUUUGUUCCUGUUUCACGAAGUCAGGGAACUGAGCGCCAAUGAGGAAAUGCUGAUCAUAAAUACACUGUAUGGCAAAAUAUCAAAACCUUUGCACUCAACUAUUGAAUUAGCGCACACUUUGCGCAAUUCCGAGGAUCCAACACUGCGUCAUCUUUCAGGAUCACUUUCAACCAGACAAUUACUACGCAUAGCGCACCGCAUGUCAAGCUACCCAACUCAAUCAGCAUACGAUACAAUUCAUCGAACAUUUUUGAGUAAAUUCCUUCCUAGUAUUCCUCGAAAUGCUUUGGAUAAUACAAUGAAGAAACUAAAUAUUACUGACACCAGUUUUGCAGGUAAUGAAGAAACAAAGAAAUGUGUAGUUGAAAAUGGAGUUUUAACGAUUGGCAAAACAAGUACACAUAUAUACAAAACCGAUGCUCAUACUAAAGUUCCAAAUAUUCUUUUCUAUGAUGUACCACAACAUACUGAAUUGUUAGAAUGGCUUUUACAAGAUUUUCUAAUAGGCAAUCAUCUGCUCCUGGUUGGUAAUCAAGGAGUAGGCAAAAAUAAAAUUACUGACAGAUUACUCCAACUUAUGAACAGACCAAGGGAAUAUAUUCAACUGCAUCGUGAUACUACAGUGCAGACAUUAACUCUUCAACCUACCAUUGUGGAUGGAGUGGUUGUUCAUGAAGAUUCGCCUCUUGUUAAGGCCAUCAAAAAUGGUCAUGUUUUAGUAAUAGACGAAGCUGAUAAAGCACCUACACAUGUUACAUGCAUUCUAAAAACACUAGUAGAAAAUGGUGAAAUGAUUCUAAGUGAUGGUCGACGAAUUGUUCCUCAAGAUUUUAAUAAUGAUGGAAAUGUGUUUGGAGAUAUUGUGAAAAUACAUCCAGAUUUCAGAAUGAUUGUACUUGCGAAUCGACCAGGAUUUCCAUUUUUAGGAAACGAUUUCUUUGCGGCUUUAGGUGAUUUAUUCAGCUGUCACUCCAUUGACAAUCCAUCAAGGGAAUCAGAGAUGCAAUUAUUGUCUUCUUAUGGUCCUGACGUACCAAAGCCAACACUGAGCAAGUUGGUCAGCGCAUUUUCUGAAUUGAGAGAUAAAGCUGAUAGAGGAGAACUCUCUUAUCCUUAUUCCACAAGAGAAGUUGUUAAUAUAGUAAAACAUUUACAAAUUUAUCCAAAUGAAAGUAUAUCGGAUGUAAUCGGAAACGUGUUAGAUUUUGAUUUAUAUUCUGGUGAAGCAUUGGAGUCAGUUGCUACAAUUUUGAAGAAGCACGGUUUACAUGUGGAAAAUGUUGUAGAUUGGGGUAAAAUAAGAAGGCAAAAGGAUUUGCAACUUACAGUUGAGCGAAAAAGCGGAAAGGAUGUGAAAGGACCCAAACAUGGAAAAGAGGACCCGAAAAACGAACCGCAUGUCGGAGGAAAUACUUGGGCUGGUGGUACCGGUGGACGUGAUACGGCAGGUUUAGGUGGCAAGGGGGGACCCUAUAGAUUAGAUAAGGGACACACUGUGCAUCAGUUGUCUGAUGCCGAGAAAGAUGAUAUUCCAGAAGAAGUAAAAAGAGCUGCACGUGAAAUGAAUCGAAAAGCGUUUGAAGAGAAACUACGAGAAAUCAGGAUGAGCGAAUAUGAUGCUGAUUUGUACAAUCAAUUUUCAAAUGCUGUUACUAAACAGGUUCAAUCAUUGAGAGUGAUUUUAAGCUCUUUGCAAGCAAAAAGCAAAGAAAGACAAUGGCUGAAGCAUCAGACGUCCGGAGAACUGGAUGAUUCAAAAUUAAUAGAAGGUAUUACUGGAGAGCGAAGUAUUUACCGGAGAAGAGGAGAACACGACCCUGAAAUAGGAGCACCUCAGCUUAAGCCAAAACGAUUACGACUGCUGGUUGAUGUUUCUGGAAGCAUGUACAGAUUCAAUGGAUAUGAUGGACGCUUAGAUAGACAAUUAGAAGCAGUAGUUCUUCUGAUGGAAAGUUUUGAGGGUCACGAAGAUAGAUUCCAGUAUGAUAUAUUUGGUCACAGCGGUGAAGCAGACGCUCUAGAAUUUGUUAAUCAUUCAAGACCACCUAAAAAUGAAAAAGCUAGAUUGGAAACAAUAAAAAUGAUGCACGCACAUGCUCAAUUUUGUUGGUCUGGGGAUCACACAUUAGACGCAACAAAUAUAGCUAUUGAUACCCUGGCUAAAGAAGAUUGUGAUGAGGCAAUUGUCGUAGUUUUAAGUGAUGCAAAUUUGAGAAGAUACGGCAUUCCUGCAGAACGUCUAGCUAAAGUAUUGACCAAAAAUCCGGAAGUACAGGCAUAUGCAGUUUUCAUUGGAAGUCUUGGAGAAGAAGCAGAAAUAUUAGCUCGAGCUUUGCCUCCCGGCAGAGGAUAUAUCUGUAUGGAUGUAGCUGAGUUGCCACAGAUAUUGCAGCAAAUAUUUACAUCAUCUAUGCUUAGUUAA